AGUCAAAGUCAAUAUUCUGAUUUUGUCCCAUCAUUAUAUGAUAGGAAUACAGAGACUCUUGGUUACUUGACCCCAUUACGGAAUACUACUACAUCUUCCGGUAGCCAGAAUCAAUAUCUUAUCGAUACCCUUGAGCCUUACAGCGAGCCAGACUUUCUCCGCCUAGUUGACCCUCCACCAAUCCCUGACUCACUUCUACGCGUUGGCCCUAAUCGCAGAAAAGAAUAUCUACUAUAUGACAAUAUGGCACAUGACGACUGGGUAAAAUGGUGGAUCGAGACUGAUUUUGGGCGGGAAAGCAAAGUGGUGUGGGAUUUGAACCGAAGUGGCGAUGUCUGGCAAGAAUACAAUCAGGUUGCAUUAAUCAAGAACGGAAUACCCAAGGUUAUGUGUAAGCGAUGCGGUGUAAUUCUGGAGCAUCCAAUGAAUAGUCUUCCGACAAAGAAAGGUUACCAAGGGACUUCUACAAUAAAGAAGCAUUUAGGUACUGCAAACUGUAUCCGGGCAGGGCAGGGCAAAGGAGGCUUAGGGAUUUCUCGGUUUUUAAAAACAAAGAGUACUAUUCCGGUCGAAAUCCCCUUUUCACAAGAGUACUGGGAGGAGGAACUACUUCAGUUUACUACUAUCAACCGACUACCGAUACAACUUUUCAAAGCUCCCGGGCUUAGCAAGAUUAUCCGUAUUGCCCGUUCAGCACCCUCUGAGCCCUUAAUACCCUCUGCUAAAACGAUGCGUCGCCGCUUACACUCUAUCGUUGAAACACGUCAGCAAUCGGCCCUCCGAACCCUUCCUCCUAAUACUAAGCUUUCGCUUGCACUUGACUGCUGGACGUCACCCUAUAAUCAGGCAUUUAUAGCAAUAACUGCUUACUUUGUAGAUACAAAUUGGAUAUACCAAGAGGUGUUGCUUGGAUUUAAGCCAGUGCAUGGCGUAUACAGCGGUUCUAACCUGAGCCAAAUUGUUCUUCAGAUUCUGGAGCAAUAUCAGAUUGAAGAUCGGAUUUAUGGAAUCACCACCGACAACGCAACAAACAACAAAACAAUGAUUGAGGCCCUUCAGCAGAGUCUGCCACCUGAUAUAACUGUUAUCCGGAUUCCCUGUCUUGCACACGUUAUCCAGCUGAGUUUAAAUGAGCUUCUUGGGAAACUGAAGGCAUCUCCUCAGAAUGAGGAUACUAAGACUAGAUGGACUGAGCAGCAUUCUGCUGCAGCAAAAAAGAAUGCCCAGAACUACAGUAUUACAGCAACACUCAAUAAGAUUCGAUAUCUGGCUAUAUACGUCAAUGCCAGUCCUCAACGUCGUGAGACCUUUCUUCAACUCCAACCAAAAGAACCUCGACUAGUACCUGUUCAAGAUGUCAAGACCCGUUAG